UCCCUCUCGCGUUCCGCACUCGCUCCCUCUCUCGCUUUCCUCGGCUCCGUUCUCCUCCAGCGACGACGAACCCUAAUCGAUCCACCCAUGCAUCCAUGGGGUUCAUCAGGGUUCUGAUGGCUGCUUAGCUUUCCUCGGACGGCUUCUGCUUUCUCGUGUUCUACUCGAGAAACCUUUCCCUUUUUUCCCGGUUUGUGUUUGUCCGUUCUGGAAUUUCUUGUUUGAAGCCCUCUUGGGAGUGCUGGGCGGUUCGAAUUCUUCAUGAGGGUUCAGAUCUUGUUCUUCUUCCCAUUUCUUCUCGAUUUAUCGCUGUAGAUCCCGAAAGAUAAUCUCUUGCUUUUCAUGGAUUUAGAUCCAUAAUCUUUCCGCUCUCGAACAGCUUGGAAGCCCGUAGUUCUCAUCCACGAAUCCUUCGAAUUCUCCAAGUUUUGUUCGAAUCGUAGAAAUUCCAUGUAAAGCAAGGAUCUUGUUGCGAACAAUCCCGAAUCCUUUGUUCUGGAGUUGUUUGUAGCGUAAGACCGCUUAAGAUCCUUUAUUUCUCCCUUUUUGACUCUCGCUUAGCAAAGCUUGAAUUUUUGGAUCGAGUUACGAUCUUGAUUGAUGGUGGACUCAGAUAACGAGUCCGGUGGACCGAACAACGCGGCGGGGAGCGGCGGCGAGUUCUCGUCGCCUCGGGAGCAAGACCGCUUCCUGCCGAUCGCUAACGUGAGCAGGAUCAUGAAGAAGGCCCUCCCCGCCAACGCCAAGAUCUCCAAGGACGCCAAGGAGACGGUGCAGGAGUGCGUCUCCGAGUUCAUCAGCUUCGUCACCGGGGAGGCCUCCGACAAGUGCCAGCGGGAGAAGCGCAAGACCAUCAACGGCGAUGACCUCCUCUGGGCCAUGACCACCCUCGGCUUCGAGGACUACGUCGAGCCCCUCAAGGUCUACCUGCAGCGGUUCCGGGAGAUGGAAGGCGAGAAGAUGGGGGCCUCAUCGGGCUCGCACAAGGAAGCCGGCGGCGCCGGUGUGGGGAUGUACGGCGGCGGCGGUGGGAUGUACGGUUCCCCGACUUCGGCGACGUCGUAUCACCAUCAGAUGUCGAUGGGGGGAAAGGGCAGCUCAGCCGGCGGCGCCGGUGGGAGCUCUUCGGCUUCUUCGGCAGGCUUUGGAAGGCAAGGCAGGGUAUGAUCCAUUCCUCUCUCUCUCUCUCUCUCUCUCUCUCUCUCUACAACAACUUGUUCCAGUUCUUUGCCUUCAGCAGCCUCUGUGUUAAGUACAGUGUUCCUCUUGAGAGCACAAUUGAAGGGUAAUAGCUGUAUAAUACCUGGAAUUAUGAUUGGAUAUGCAUAGACUUAUACUCGA